AUGAGCAGAUCCUCCAAGAAAGUAGAUCUUCGUCGCCUCGGUUCAAGACCUCUUUCUUUUCGCCGCCGCCGCUGCCCAGUCUUACAUCAAGCAGCGAACUGUGGAAGACACACCGUGGUAAGGGUACACACAGACAUUUUCAACGGAUACAGGCACACGUAG